AACCUGCCUUUGGGGGAGACAGACAUGUCCUGUCAGACAGGCCUGGUCCUUGCGCUCCUAUGGCUGAUGCUGCUGUACCUGGGUAAGUAGAUGGGUUUGAGAUGGAACCAUGGUCUUGCUUUCUAAAGUCAUCCAGAGGAAAUGGCGAGGAGCUUCUGUUUCUACUUUCAUCCAGGGUUUAGAGACAAGUAGCAAGAGAUGUGAAAGAACUAACUUGGGUUCCUGAAACAUCUUAAAGGCUCCAAAUACAUCUACCAGGCUCCUGCAAAAGGAGAGUCAGAAAUACCUCCAAGAGCUUUUCUUCUGCUCCAUCCCUCAUGGUCCACAACCUUCCAAGGAGAAUCAGUGAAACUCACUUGCAUGGCUGUCCCUUCCUCAGAAAAGGGACCUAUAACCUGGUGUCAUAACAACAAUGUGUGGAAAACUACAUCUGAAGAAAUCCAAAUAGAAGACUCUGGAUAUUACCAAUGCAAGACCCAAAGAUCCCACUUCAGUGAACCUGUGCAUGUAGAAUUUUCAUCUGAUGAGGUGAUACUCCAGGUCUCACCCCACCCUAUCUUUGAAGGAGAUGAUGUUUUUCUGAAAUGCCAAAGGAAAAAUGGGCAAUUAAAUAAAGCAACUUACUAUAAAGAUGGAGAAAUACUUCCGAGUAGCUAUUCAGAUACCAUCAAACUACUUUCAGUCUCAAGAGACAGCAGCAAAUACUCUUGUACUGCCUUUUGGAAAGCUGUAUUUAACAUUCCAUGGAGUAAAGCCUCAAAGCCUCUAAAACUCCAAGUUCAAGAGCUAUUUCUACCUCCUGUGCUGAAGCUCAGCCCCAGACAGCCUAAUGAGGGGGAUCCAGUGACCUUGACCUGUGAGACUCGGCUCCCUCCACAGAAGUCACAUGUCCAGCUCCGAUUCUGCUUCUUCAAAGAUGGUCAGCGCCUAGAGUCAGGUUGCAACAGCUCUCAGGAGAUCCAGAUCCCUACUAUGAGGCUGGAAGACUCAGGGUCCUACUGGUGCCAGGCAGAAGCAGUGGCUUAUAAAAUCAUCAAAAACAGCUCAAGACUCAAGAUAGAUGUGCUGAGAAUCCCUGUGUCUGAUGUGAAUCUAGAGACCCGGCCCCCAGGAGGGCAGCUUAUUGAAGGAGAAAAUCUGAUUCUUAUCUGCUCAGUUGCCAAGGGCACAGGGACCAUCACAUUCUCCUGGCACAAAGAUGGAACAAGAGUGAGCAAGAAGACCCAGCAAUCCCUGUUGGCAGAGCUGCUGAUACCCACUGUAAAGAUGCAAGAUGCUGGGAGAUACUACUGUGUGGCCGACAACGGCGGCCCCAUCCUCAGCAAUCGGAAGGAAGUCACUGUGAGAGGUUUGGUGUCCCGUCCUGUCCUCAUUCUCAGGACUCCCAGGCACCAAGCUGUAGUGGGGGACGUGGUACAGCUUCACUGUGAAGCCUCGAAAGGCUCUCCCCCAAUUUGGUAUCAGUUUUAUCAUGAAGACGUCACUUUGGGAAACAGCUCAGCCCCCAAUGGUGGAGGAGCAUCUUUCAAUUUCUCCCUGACUGAGGAAGGUUCUGGAAACUACUCCUGUGACGCUAACAAUGGCCUAGGACCCCAGAGCAGUGACAGAGUGAGUCUCAAGGUCAUAGUUCCAGUGUCUGACAUUGUCCUCAGCCUCAGGGCCCCUGAAAACCAAGCUAUGGUAGGGGACGAGGUAGAAAUUUACUGUGAGGCCUUGAAAGGCUCUCCUCCGAUCCUGUACCAGUUUUAUCAUGAAGACAUGGCCCUCGGGAAUAGUUUGGCUCCCAUGGGAGGAGGUGCAUCCUUCAAGUUCAUGGUGACCACAGAACGUGCUGGAAAUUAUUCCUGUGAGGCUGACAAUGGCCUUGAGCCUCAGCGCAGUGAGGUGAUGACAUUCGACAUCACAGGCCCAUGCAGGAGCAGAGCUGGCCUCAUCUCUGCAGGAGUCAUUGGGGGGUUGCUGGGCGUCCUUGGCCUUCCCAUUGCUGCCAUCCUGCUGCGUCACUUCAGGACUCAAAGGAAGUUGGGACUUUCUGCCCCUGGGGCAUCUAGUCCCAGUGAUUGGCAGGAGCCUUCCUUUUCCAGGCUCUCUAGCACACCACCCCAGGAACACCUCCACGAUGGGCACCCAGCCUUUAUAGAGCUGCAGCCAAUAUACAAUAAUGUAAAUCCUGAAGGUCUCAACAUGGUUUAUUCCCAGAUCCAAAGCAGUCAGCCUAGAAACGGAAAUUCAGCCAAUUCACCAAGGAUGUGUCAGAAAGAUAAGGAACCUGUAGUCAUUUACUCUGAGUUGAGAAUAGCAUGCUGUGAUGACUCUUCCCAGCAGGUCAGCAAUCAUCAGGAAGGUGAUACAGAAGACUAUGAGAAUGUCCCACGUGAAUCAGCAGCCUUGGACCACUAGCCUGUGACCCAGAAUGGUGUUCAGAAACCUUGGGAAGAAGCUGCACGCUUUCCCCUGUUGUUUUAAUAGCCCACUUUCCUUCUCUCUCAGACUCUUCCUCCCCAGGGGCUGGGCCCCAGAGGACACAGGUCUGUGCAAAACGGCAGCACACCUCCUCUAUGCUUGGGCCUGUGUGUUCUCUGGGAAGAGCGUGAGGAGCAUCUAAGCAAGUGUGGCAGAGUCUGUGGGCUCGCAGACUCCAGGGCUGUGGAAUAGAGGAGGAUGGACUAGCCCUCUUCUAAAGACACAAGAGCUUUACACAUGGAAUUGUAAU